AUGGCUCCAGAGCAAAGGGAAGGGAAGUCUCAGGUGUCGGUGACGUUUGAGGAUGUGGCUGUGCUCUUUACUCGGGAUGAGUGGAAGAAGCUGGACCACUCUCAGAGAAGCCUGUACCGUGAGGUGAUGCUAGAGAACUACAGCAACCUGGCCUCACUGGGGUUUCCAUUCACCAAACCAGAGAUGAUCUCCGUGUUGCAGCAAGGAGAAGAACCCUGGAAAAUAGAGAAAGGAAGUCAUAGCUCCUCUCUUGGAUGCAAUAGCAGUCUUCAAACCACAAAAUCAACUCAAACUAAAGAUUCAUCAUUUCAGGGAUUAUUGAGGAAACAACUCAAAAGAGACAAAUCGUGGGACUUCACAUCAGGAAAAUUCUGCAGAUCUGACAACUAUUUUAAGAAGCAGGACAAAAAUGAAAGCUUACAAACAAUUUCAGUCACCCAUACGAAAAUCCUUACUGUAGAUAAGAGCCAUAAGAAUUUUGAAUUUGGUCUAAACAUUGGCCUGAAGUCAGUUGGUAAGCAAAAGAUUUCUAUAGAAAAAACACAAAGAAAUAGCUUCAAGGAAAAUUCAAAUUCACUUAAUCAACCAAGAAUUAAGACAGUGGAGAAACGCUAUAAAUGUACUACUUGUGAAAAAGCUUUCAUGCACAACUCAUCCCUCCGAAAACAUCUGAAAAACCACACUGGAGAAAGAUUAUUUCAGUGUAAAGAAUGCUUGAAAGCUUUCAGCCAAAGUUCUGCUCUUAUUCAACAUCAAAGAACUCACACUGGAGAGAAACCCUACAUAUGUAAAGAAUGUGGGAAAGCCUUCAGCCAUAGUGCAUCCCUUUGUAAGCACCUAAGAACUCAUACUUUGGAGAAAUCUUAUACAUGCAAAGAAUGUGGAAAAUCCUUUAGCAGAAGGUCUGGCCUUUUUUUGCAUCAAAAAAUCCAUGCCCGAGAAAAUCCUCAUAAAUAUAACCCAGGUAGGAAGGCAUCCACUUCCCUUUCAGGGUGUCAGAGAAUUCAUUCAAGAAAAAAGACCUACUUGUGUAACGAAUGUGGCAACACCUUUAAGUCUAGCUCGUCCCUUCGUUAUCAUCAGAGAAUCCACACUGGAGAGAAACCCUUCAAAUGUAGCGAAUGUGGCAGAGCCUUCAGUCAGAGUGCAUCACUUAUUCAACAUGAAAGAAUUCACACUGGAGAAAGGCCCUACAGAUGUAAUGAGUGCGGAAAAGGCUUCACUUCUAUUUCAAGACUCAAUAGACACCGAAUAAUUCACACUGGGGAGAAAUUUUAUAAUUGUAAUGAAUGUGGCAAAGCCUUAAGUUCCCAUUCAACUCUUAUUAUUCAUGAGAGAAUUCACACUGGAGAGAAACCAUGCAAAUGUAAAGUUUGUGGGAAAGCCUUCAGACAAAGUUCAGCUCUGAUCCAACAUCAGAGAAUGCAUACUGGAGAAAGACCUUAUAAGUGUAAUGAGUGUGGGAAAACAUUCAGGUGUAACUCAUCCCUCAGCAACCAUCAGCGAAUUCAUACUGGAGAGAAACCAUACCGAUGUAUAGAAUGUGGCAUGUCAUUUGGCCAAAGUGCAGCUCUUAUUCAACAUCAGAGGAUUCACACGGGAGAGAAACCCUUUAAAUGUAACACAUGUGAGAAGAGUUUUAGACAAAGCUCCUCCCUUAUAGCACAUCAGCGAAUUCAUACUGGAGAGAAACCCUAUGAAUGUACUGCAUGUGGGAAGCUCUUCAGCCAGAGAUCCUCCCUUACCAAUCAUUAUAAAAUUCAUAUUGAAGAAGACUCCCUGAAUACAGAUAUGCAUGAGUAA